UUGCGUUUUGCUCAUUUCAGCCACGUGCGGAAAUAAUAAUGGCGGAUAAAGCUACUCCUGGUCCUUCGGAGGUCAAAAAUGAAGCUGUUCUCCCUGUACCCAAUUACAAACGGGUUAAGAAUAAGAUCUUACGGUCUCAGAUGUUUAGAAAAAUGCUUCAAGAGAAAAAGAAGAUCGAAAUGGCUAAAAGGAAAGAGCGGAAGAUGAGGAUAAAGAAAGGCUUGCCCGUUCCCCCAAAGCAAGAACCGAAAACUAUUGAGAAACUGCGAGUGGCCGAUGAAACACUCAUCUCACAGAAGGAUGAAGAAGUUGAAAUAGACGAAUCUGUGGAUGAAAUGGCAGCCCAUUUCAAACGCGAGACAAUACCCAAAAUAUUGAUCACGACUUCAUGCCGAUCCAAACUACGGACUUACCAUUUUUGUAAAGAACUUGCAACUGUCUUUCCAAAUGCGACUUAUUAUCACCGGAGAACCUUACCCAUAAAGAAGAUCGUGCCUCAAGCGAUCGAGAAAGAAUUCACCGACAUCAUUAUUGUAAACGAGAACAACAAAAAGCCUAAUGGAAUGCUACUGAUUCACCUGCCAGAGGGACCGACCAUUCAUUUUAAAGUGAGUAACGUAAAACUACGAAACGAAAUACGUAAAUGUGAUUCUCCCACGGAACACAGACCCGAGUUGAUACUUAACAAUUUCAACACCCGUUUGGGACACACCGUUGGACGUAUGUUGGGUGCAUUGUUCCCACUCGAUCCACAGUUUCGCGGACGGCGUGUGGUUACGUUCCACAACCAGAGAGACUUCAUAUUUUUCAGACACCAUCGUUAUGUGUUCAGAAAUGAGAAACGAGUUGGACUUGCAGAACUUGGGCCUCGCUUCACUCUGAAGAUGAGAUCCCUUCAGAAAGGAGUCUUUGACUCUCGUUACGGAGAGUACGAAUGGUUCCAUAAAAGACAUGAAAUGGAAACUAGUAGGCGUAAAUUCUUCUUAUAAACACCCAUAUUCCAUUAUUUAUAAACAAUUUAUGAGAGAAGGAAAGGUAUUAAAUUUCGCUGCUCAUCA